AUGUACGCGAUCGCGCAGUCGAAAACGGUCAUCCAUGAAGUUCUGCAACAAAAUUCUAACGACGGCCUGUCUCCCCUCUUCUAGCUCGAGGAAACCGAUGCGAACCGGAUCAACUACGAUAUCUACGUGACGCCGGUGAUGACGGUGCCGGCCGGUGGGAACCGGUUGCGGGCGAAGAACCCGCUGCUGGCGUGGCUGUCAACUGUGCUGUACCACAAACCCGGACCGCCGCCGUCCGACGUGGGCACGACCGCGAAGCCUCCACCACGUGACUGUCCACAGUGCUCUUGUGGGCGAGGCAAAACGAGCUCCCGGAUCGUCGGAGGAGACGCGGCCGACGUGAAGGAAUACCCGUGGAUAGCGAUGCUGCUGUACCGGGGAACCUUCUACUGCGGCGGCUCACUAAUCAACGACCGCUACGUGCUGACGGCGGCCCACUGUGUGCUGAGCUUCGUUCCGGCGCAGCUCCUGGCGAAGCUGUACGACGUCGAGCGGUCCGAGAUGGUCACACGGAGCGUUGCGCGGCUCCACGGCCACGAGCGGUUCAAUUUGGACACGUUCAACAACGAUAUCGCGCUGGUGAAGCUGCAGGCCCCGGUCGAUGCCGGCGGCGGCGGAAGCUUCAUCCCGGUGUGCCUGCCGGGGUCGGGGCGCAGCUUCACCGGCCACAACGGCACGGUGAUCGGGUGGGGUAAGCUCGGAAAUGGCAGCCUUUCGCAAGGACUACAGAAGGCCGUCGUGCCGAUCAUGAGCAACGCCCAGUGCCGGAAAUCCAACUACCGGGCGUCCCGGAUCACGGACAACAUGCUGUGUGCCGGGUAUGCCGAGGGUGGCAAGGAUGCCUGUCAGGGUGACAGCGGUGGACCGCUGAACGUCGGCGACAGCAACUUUCGCGAGUUGGUCGGAAUCGUCUCGUGGGGCGAGGGUUGCGCCCGGCCGAACUACCCCGGGGUCUACACGAGGGUGACGCGGUACCUGCCCUGGAUCCGGGCGAACACUCGGGACGCGUGCACCUGCGAACGGGCCGCCACCUAUUGGUCGGUAGAAUUGGCACUGAAAAUGGCGUCCGCUGCGUUGCGGUGGCUGGCGAUCGUCCUGGCGACUUCUUGGGGCGGCCUGCUGACAACACGGAGCGAGAGCCUGACGGUGCCGGGGCGGAUUGCGUGGAACGACAGUUUGCUGAUCGAUCCGGACGGGUUCGUCGGGAAGGCGCCGCUGCUGAACAGUGGCGUCUGGACGUGGAUCACCACCAUCUUCGGGAUGCCGGUGUUCAGUGUGUUCGCGUAUCGGGCCGCGCCGCGCAACUGUCCGCAAUGCUCGUGCGGUACGGGGAGCAACAACUCGAAGAUCGUCGGAGGCCAGGAGGCCGAGAUCGGGCGGUACCCGUGGAUGGUGGCGCUGUACUACAACAAUCGGUUCAUCUGCGGUGGUUCGCUGAUCAACGACCGGUAUGUCCUGACGGCGGCCCACUGCGUGUUCGGGAGCGAUCGGUCGCGCUUCCGGAUCAAGUUCCUGCUGCACGACCGGCACGACCCGCCGGAGGGUUCGUUCGAGCGGAAGGUAUCCUACAUCAUGACCAACUGGUUCCUGAACGUGCUCGUGUUCAUCACGAACGAUGUGGCGCUGCUGAAGCUGAGCGAACCGGUUCCGCUCGGUGACACGGUGAUUCCGGUCUGCCUGCCACCGGAAGGCACCAGUUACGCCGGGAACGAGGGCAUCGUGACGGGGUGGGGCAAGCGGGGCGACGGCACGUUCCCGGUGCAGCUGCAGGAGGUGCACGUGCCGAUCCUCGCCAACCAGGAGUGCCACAACCGGACGCAGUACUACCGGUUCCAGAUCAACGAUCGCAUGAUGUGCGCCGGGAUUCCCGAGGGUGGCAAGGACUCCUGCCAGGGUGACAGCGGCGGCCCGCUGCACGUGUACGAUCCGGACGCGAACCGGUUCGUGAUUGCCGGCGUGGUCUCGUGGGGCUUCGGGUGUGCCCAGCCGCGCUUCCCCGGGAUCUACGCCCGAGUCAAUCGGUUCAUGUCGUGGAUCAACUUCAACACCCGCGACGCCUGCGUGUGCCACACCUGCUUGUCGGAUCCUUGCAUUGUUACCGCCGCCAUCACCAUGGUCCUGGGAGCUCGCAACACAGUGCCACUCGCCGCCGUUCUGCUGGCGGCGAUGGUCGGCCAUCUUCUCGCUGCACCGGCCACCGACGACUCCUGUGAUUGUGUGUGCGGUGUCGGAGGGCGCACCAAUCGGAUCGUCGGGGGCACGGAAACGGUAGCGCACCAGUUUCCCUGGCUGGCCGGGCUGUUCCGGCAGGGCAAGCUGUACUGCGGAGCGUCCGUGGUUUCGCGCAACUUCCUCGUCACGGCGGCUCACUGCGUCAACUCGUUCGAGCCGAGCGAGAUCAGGGUGUACCUCGGGGGUCACAACAUUGCCAAAGACUACACCGAGCUGCGGCGGGUGAAGCGCAUCAUCGACCACGAACUGUUCGACAUCUUCACGUUCAACAACGAUAUCGCGCUGCUGGAACUGGACAAGCCACUGCGCUACGGUCCCACGAUUCAGCCGGCCUGUCUCCCGGAUGGCAGUGUGGCGGAUUUCACCGGCUCGCUCGGUGUGGUGGCCGGCUGGGGACGGAUCGAGGAGAAGCGCCCGCCCUCGAAGACGCUCCGGGCGGUCGAGGUGCCCAUCUGGUCGCAGGAGCAGUGCCUGGAGGCAGGCUACGGCAGCAAGAAGAUCUCCGGUAACAUGAUGUGCGCCGGAUACCACGACGGCCAGAAGGACGCGUGCCAGGGUGAUAGCGGUGGCCCGAUGCACAAGAUGGGCCCGCUCGGUAGCAUGGAGGUGAUCGGGGUGGUCUCGUGGGGCCGAGGCUGCGCUCGGCCCAACCUACCCGGCAUCUACACGCGCAUCGUCAACUACCUGCCCUGGAUACACCAGAAGCUCGCCGGCGAGUGCCUCUGCCCGCCGAAGGACGUUGCCCGGCGGCUAGUCGUGGUGCACCAUAAGUUGGUGCCAAAGGGUAGAACAGACAAUAACGAAGAUUUCCUGCAGCGGCCGCAGCGGAGCAAGUGCAAUAUGCUGCCGGGACAGAUGGGCGGGGGCCGGUGUGUGACAGUGUCCUUGCUGGCCGUCCUCUGUUGGCUGGUGUCCGGUGGCGGAGCUGAGACCGUCGGCCGGUGGAACGGGACCGGACUGAUCCUUCCGAGCCGUAGCGGGCGGUUCCUGUUCGACACACUGUUCGGGUUGAAUACCGCAGCCUUCUCGUUGGACGAUGACGACGAUCUGACGAGCAAUCAGGUGAAAAGCUGUGAUUGCGAGUGUGGAGCGGCCAAUCAGGAGAUCAGGAUCGUCGGGGGGCGCCCCACCGGCGUCAACCAGUAUCCGUGGCUGGCAAGGCUCGUGUACGACGGUCAGUUCCACUGCGGUGCGUCGCUGCUAACGCGGGACUACGUCUUGACGGCGGCCCACUGUGUUCGCAGGUUGAAACGAAACAAAAUCCGCGUCAUUCUGGGUGACUACGAUCAGUUCGUGGCGUCGGAGACGCCGGCGAUUAUGCGCGCGGUCACGGCCAUCGUCCGGCACCGGAGCUUCGAUCAGAACUCGUACAAUCACGACAUCGCGCUGCUCAAGCUGCGCAAACCGGUGGACUUCACCAAAACCAUCCGGCCGGUGUGCCUGCCGAAGGAACGCAGCGAACCGGCCGGCCAACUCGGCACGGUGGUGGGCUGGGGCCGAACGUCCGAGGGGGGCACGCUGCCGGCCCUGGUGCAACACGUGGACGUGCCGAUCUUGACGUUGGACCAGUGCCGUAGCAUGAAGUAUCGAGCCUCCCGUAUAACCUCCAACAUGCUGUGUGCCGGCAAGGGCAAGCAGGACUCGUGCCAGGGCGACUCGGGCGGACCGCUGCUGGUGCGGAACGGGGACAAGCACGAGAUCGUCGGAAUCGUCUCGUGGGGCGUCGGGUGCGGCCGGGCCGGCUACCCAGGAGUCUACACGCGGGUCGCCCGCUAUCUUCCGUGGCUGCGCGCCAAUCUGGACGACACCUGUCUCUGCUCCAAAGAUCCCGGCAUGGAGGGAUCCGUUUCCGGUCGAAUUAAUUUCACCGCACGUCGGCCGCUGCUGCUGCUGGCGGUGGUCGCGGUAGUGCUGCUGGGUGUCGGUGGCGCCACCGCGAAAGUGCAGGCCCACGGCAAGUACGAGAUGCUGGCGACGCCCAACAAAAACACCGACGAGCGGAGCAUCGUCGACAACAUGAAGAUGCUGUUCGGUGCGGGAAGCAAUAGAGCCCCGGCUCACGAUACGCCUGCCAGUGCCUGUAGCUGCCGAUGCGGCGAGCGGAACGACGCGUCCCGGAUCGUUGGCGGGCAGGUGACGGGCGUGAACGAGUUCCCGUGGAUGGCCCGGCUCAGCUACUUCAAUCGGUUCUACUGCGGCGGCAUGCUGAUCAACGACCGCUACGUUCUGACGGCGGCCCACUGCGUCAAGGGCUUCAUGUGGUUCAUGAUCAAGGUGACGUUCGGCGAGCACAACCGGUGCGACGAGUCGAUGCGGCCGGAAACGCGCUUCGUGCUGCGGGCGAUCGCGCAAAAGUUCAGUUUCCUCAACUUCGACAACGACAUCGCGCUCCUGCGGCUGAACGAUCGCGUGCCGAUAACGGACUUCAUUCGCCCGAUCUGCCUCCCGUCGGACCCAGCGAACGCGUACGUCGGCACCAAUGGCACGGCGACCGGCUGGGGCACGCUGAAGGAGGACGGCAAGCCGUCGUGCGUCCUGCAGGAGGUCGAAGUACCGGUCCUGUCGAACGAGGUCUGCAGCACGCAGACCAACUACACGGCCUCGAUGAUCACCGACAACAUGAUGUGCGCCGGGUACCUGGGCGUCGGCGAGAAGGACUCCUGCCAGGGUGAUUCCGGUGGGCCGCUCGUGGCGGCCCGCGAAGACAAGCGGUACGAACUGAUCGGUGUCGUUUCGUGGGGCAACGGAUGCGCCCGGCCCUACUACCCCGGGGUGUACACGCGCGUCACGCGCUACCUCGACUGGAUCCGCGAGAACUCCAAGGAUGGCUGCUUCUGCAACGAAUGA